CUUUUCAUUCCUUUCCUCUUUCUUUCCACUGGAAAUUAUUACUUUGCACUAGUUUUUCUGGUCCUAUGUGAAAGCAGCUUUCCAUUAACUCUGGAAUUUCUCCAUUUUUCAGUGGUCAAAUGUGCCUAUCCAUACGUUGAAAAUGGAGUGAUAGUCUCAGGACAUGGAACAAAAUUUUACUACAAAGCAACGAUUGUAUAUAGUUGCAUUGAGGGUUUUAAGCUUAAUGGCAGCAACACAAUUGUCUGUGGUGCGAACAGUACUUGGGAGCCUGAGAUACCAACAUGUAUUAAAGAGUCAACUACUCCUAGUACCCAGCCUCCAAUUUCCAAUGCCUCAGUGUCAACUCCUCCCAGUUCCCAACCUCCAAUUUCCAGUGACUCAGCAGAAGCAAGAGACAAGAGGAAGAGAGGAAGAGCAUUAGCCUGGGCAGACUGCACUCAGGGUCCCAGUGUGGCUCUGCUCACUAAAAUUCCAAGCCUACUCAUACAACUAUGACUCUGGGGUCAAGUCAUCCAGGUUCAGGAGUUCUUUAUUCUACAUAUAUUGCUUAGAACUUUUUAGGGUGAUGAGUGAAAAAUGAUGUCACAUAUUAAUUUGCAUUUAUUUAAUUAUCAAUGAAGCUGAGCUUUUUUCAUCUACAGUUAUUUGUUCAUGUCCUUUUUUCAUUUUUCUAUUUGGUUUCUAAAAUAUUUCUUGUUGAUUUGUCA